GACACUGCGCUUGGGAAAGUUGUAAGUGCUAAGUAUGGGCGGAAUGUCUGGGGGGAUGUGACCCGAAGGAGUGAUUCCACGACCUGGAAGAUUCUUAAGGCUGGAGCGGUGGCCCUCCGGCCUAUCUUAUGCUGGAAUGUUGGUGAUGGCAGGAAUAUUGAUGCCUUGAACGACAUCUGGAUUGGGAACUGUACCCUUGCCAGAUGGCCAUCCUUUAUCUCUAUUGAGGAUGUGGAAGGCUGUAUGGUUGGUGACUUCCUGGAUGAAGAGCUCAAUUGGCGGACCGAGAUGAUUACGGCUUGCUUUGGGACGGUGCUUGGCUGCCGUAUCCUGGAGAUUCCUACGGGCUGCAAUGCUGGAGUUGACCAACCGGACCUCAUUGGCUCGGUCCUUAAUAAAUCCAUUACGGCUAUGGCGUUCCAAGCUGGGUUUGAGCAGCAGGAUUAUCAAUUCUUAUGGUUUAGGAAGUUUAAACUUCACCCCCGGGAGCAUUUGUUUUGGUGGCGACUGCUUCGGGGUGCUAUCCCGACCAAUGAGUGGCUGCAUAGGAGGGGACUAACGGAGGAUGUGCGCUGCCCUUGGGGCUGUAGCGGCAGCGAAAACAUUGAGCACAUAACCAUUCGCUGUGAUGUGCUGGAGCAGACCCGUGGCGCGCUGGCCAAGUGGGGGGUCUCCAUCCCUCAAUUCCGAAACUGGGACGAGCUUAUUGUGGAAUUGGCUAUGACAGCUCGUGAUAAUCCUUGCAUGGGUAGGAUCUACUGCUAUGUUGUCUAUCAAAUUUGGAGGGCUCGCAAUGACAAAUGCCAUGGCCGAUCGUUUGGUACCCCCACUGUUAUUGCGGCAAAUGUCCUUGCUCGCUUAUCGCACUCUGCCACUAUGCCAACCUUGGGGCAAUGGCGCACCUCUCAGUCUUCUGGGCUGCCGAUCAACAAACUAUGGUGCGUCCCCCCCCCGGGGUGGGUCAAAUUUAAUGUGGAUGCUGCAGUGAAGGCUAAUUCGGUGGCUGGAUUGG